AUGGAGAAGAAAAUUCACAGGCACAAAUUGGAAAAGAGCUAUCAAAAGGAACACUUGCGCAACAUGCACGACGAGAUACUUGGUGGGGAUUUUUGUCAAAUUUUGCUAGUUGUACCCAAAGGAGUUCAUGAGGAAAUUGUUAAUGCAUCACUUAGGCGUUCUGAUCUGUGGGAUGAUAUAUGUGUCUUGACAUUAAAUUUGAACAUGCGAUUGAAUACAACAGAUCCUGCAAAUGCUGUUUUUGCAGAUUUUUUGAUGGAGGUUGGAACAAACCCUCGAGAAGUGGUGCAACUUCCAUCGACAAUAGGUAGAUGUCAAAAUCUAAAUGAAUUAUUGUCGAGAGGAAAUAGAUACACUUAUCUAGCUGCAGAUAAAAUGUCUGAGGAUGACGGAAUGGAUAGAAGCAUCAGUAACAGAUAUCCCAACGAGUAUCUUAACUCAUUAGAUCCUACUGGGCUACCGCCUUUUAAGCUAGAGUUGAAAAUGGGUUGUCCUAUAAUAUUGUUAAGAAAUAUUGCCCCAAAGGAUGGACUUUGUAAUGGCACAAGGAUGAUGGUUGUCAGAUGCGGCUCCCGUAUUAUUGAAGUUAAGAUUUUAACAGGCAAAAAAUUUGGCAAAUUGGCCUUCAUACCAAGAAUAUCUUUAUCACCAUCAUCUUCAAAUUUUCCUUUUCAUAUGACCAGCCGUCAAUUUCCAGUUCGCUUGGCAUAUGCUAUGACUAUUAACAAAUCACAAGGACAAUAA